AUGGCGGCGGUGCGGGCCGCGCUGCUGGCGCCGCUGCUGGCGCUGUGCCGGGCCGGGCCGGGAGCGGGAAUGGGACCGGGACCGGGACCGGGACCGGGACCGGGGCUGGCGCCCGCCGCCCGCGUCGAGGUGGCGGUGGCCGGUUCCGGGCCGGGGGAUGGGGCCGGGAGCGGGGCGGGGCAGGCCGCGGGGCCCGGCGGCUCCUACACGCUGCGCGGUGCCGUGCUGGGCGGCCCGGGCCGGGGGGGGCGGCGGGGGGAGGAGGAGGGGGAGAUCCGCGGCCGCCUGCUGCUGGUGGGAGACGCGGAGCCCGAGCUGGGCGCUGCCGACAGCUGGAUCGGUGUGGUGCCUGUGGGCGAGGAGCCGGCCGAGGCCCCACGUGGCCCCAAGGAGGAAUCCUUCACCGCUGCCGUCGUCAGCAAGAUGAAGCGAGCCCUGGUGCUGGGGGCGUCAGCCCUGCUCAUCCUGGCGCUGAACCAGAACGCCAUCCGGGAGCUGGAUGUUUCCCAGCUUCUCGCCAAGCCUGUGAUCGUGAUCCAGUCCUCGGACAACGUCACCAAGCUGCUGGGAGCGCUGCUGCGGGGGCUCCGGGCGACGGCAAAGAUCACGUACCAGGCGGUGCUGCUGGAGAACCUGGGAGUGACCCUCACCCUGUGGUCAACCUGCGGCCUCUCCCGUGGGGGCCUCUACGGGGAGUGGCAGGGGGUCAUCUGCACGGGGGAGAACAGCUCGCAGGUCCAGAAAUACCUCCAGCAGCUGUGGAACACCAUCCUGCUGAUCGCCCUGCUGCUCUGCACCGGGGUGAUCGUGCAGGCGCAGCGGCAGUCGCGGCAAGACCCGUCGGAGCAGGAUGCCGAGCUGGACCUGAAGCAGCACAUUCGGCGGCGGCUGUUGGCGCUGAAAACCCGGCGGUACCAUCCCGGCAAACCGCCCCGGAGCCGGGCCUGCGAGAUCGACAGCUGCGCCGUCUGCUUGGACCAGUUCCACAAGAGCCAGUGGCUGCGGGUCCUGCCCUGCUCCCACGAAUUUCACCGCGACUGCGUGGACCCCUGGCUCCUCCUGCAGCAGACCUGCCCUCUCUGCAAGCGCAACAUCCUGGGGAACUGCUGCACGGAGAGCUAGCCGGCCUGACAGAUGCAGACCCAUCGCCGCUGCGGGGGGAGGGAGGGGGGCAGGGGGUGCUCGACAAGCAGCGCUCGCUGCCGGAUCGGGUUCGGCGCGGCUGUGCCCAUCACAGCACCCAACUGCGCAGAGAGUGAAGGACCUCGGGGGUCUCCCUGCCGGGUGGGAGUAGAGGGGUGGGGGGGUCCAGACAGCCAGUGCUGGGGGGCUGGGGGAAGCUGCUGGGGCACCCCUGGGUGUAACGGGGUGGGGGCACAGGCUGAGAGUGCCCUGGCCCAGCUGCACUUUCCCCGCUCACAGUAACUUUUCUAAGUCUCUCUUUUUUUUUUUCUUCCGUUUGCCAGUGGCCAUGGGCAGAGCCUGACAGGGCGUGAGCCCCUCUGCACCGCGGGGGCCGGGGGUGUCAGAUCUGCCAGGGCUGCUGGGCAAUCCACCACCUCACUGCGGGAGGGCAGGGGGGUUGAACACUUUAUUUAUACUAACUUAUUAGAACGGAUGGCACGAGUUGGCUGCAGAGAGCAAACACAGGGCUCGUUUGACUGAACACGGGCGUGCCGCGGUGGCCGGGAACAUCCCGAGCCCUGACUGGCUCCUCUUCCAGAGGCUGCUGGGCUGCAGCAUCGCACGUGUCUGUCUAUUAAAUACAGAGCAAGGACAA